AUGACCGAUGUCCUUUCCACGGUACGGGAGAUAGAGGCACUCCAAGAGAAACUCCAGGCAACAGAGGUCGAAGAUGAACAGCGAGCGCUGGAAGAGGAUAUAACAGGAAAGAUCCUGUGGUUCUAUUGGCGUGGCAUCUAUUCAGAAGUGGAACAAACACUAACGAAGGCCAUAAAUUACAUUCGGGUGGAAUCAAAUACUAAGGUAAUAGACGUUCCUACUCACCGGGGUUUGCGUGACAUUGCAGAGAUUAUAAAGGGAAGUCGACGUGUGGAACUGGACGACGAUAUGGCUCACUUGCAACGGAUCAUGCUUGAUUCAGGCGCAGGCAUAUCGAGACAUCAAUUAUGGCUCGCUGCCCGGGCUGUGGGGCUAGCCGGGUUGUCAGGAGUUUCAGAAGGCAAACCAACUCUCGGUGCUGAAGAGACUGUUUCGGGCACAAGGCCGGAAGUGCCCUCUGCAUCAAUUGUACUGAACGCCGGCAAGAGGAGACUUCGACUGUUCCUGAGCAGGUUCAACCUGUAGACGAGGAUGGUGACGUUAUCAAUGCGGAUCAUGCUGUCUCAUGAGACAUCAAGUUAUGCAUACGUUUUGGUUAUCAUACCGUCAACUGCACAUAGAGCACAUGUACAAGCUGCUAUACCCCACCGUAGAUUAAUCAAUCGGGA